UAAAGAAAGAAAACCGUGAUUCCGUUUUCCAAAUAUUGUAUUAAUUUCGGCGAAUCUGAACCUUUGAAAAGUCACCUCUCUCACACACAGUCUCUCUCGUAUUCUGAAGCGCACACAAUUUGACUUCAACCACUUUCUCUAUUUAUACGCACAGACACUCUCUUUUCUCCAUCUCAAGGUGUUCAGAUCUCACUCCUCCAAUCCUAACGCAGCGUUUCAACGCCAACCCUAACCAUGUCGCAGCAAACAUGUUCUGCGGACCAACUAGCCCAAUUUUUUGGCCCAAACACAACCAACGCCCAAGCGGCGGCCACGCUAAUCUGCGACCAGUUCACCGCCGUGCGUAAGAAUUUCACCGACACAGGCUACGCCAUUGACAACACCUACCUCCUCUUCUCCGCCUACCUCGUGUUCUCCAUGCAGCUUGGCUUCGCCAUGCUCUGCGCCGGCUCGGUCCGCGCCAAGAACACCAUGAACAUCAUGCUCACCAACGUGCUCGACGCCGCUGCCGGUGGUAUCUUCUACUACCUCUUCGGCUUUGCCUUCGCCUUUGGCUCCCCUUCCAACGGCUUCAUCGGGAAACACUACUUCGGCCUCACAGACCUCCACUCCCAGGGGUUAGACUACAGCAACUUCCUUUACCAGUGGGCCUUCGCCAUCGCCGCUGCCGGCAUCACCAGCGGCUCCAUCGCCGAGCGAACCCAGUUUGUCGCGUACCUAAUCUACUCCUCCUUCCUCACCGGCUUCGUCUAUCCCGUAGUCUCUCACUGGUUCUGGUCCCCUGACGGUUGGGCAUCCGCGUUCAAAAAACACAAUCUUUUAUUGUCCACCGGCGUAAUCGACUUCGCCGGCUCCGGCGUUGUCCACAUGGUAGGCGGUGUGGCAGGACUCUGGGGCGCCCUUAUCGAGGGUCCACGAAUCGGCCGAUUUGAUCACGCGGGACGCGCGGUGGCCUUACGUGGCCACAGCGCCUCGUUAGUCGUGCUUGGAACCUUCAUGCUGUGGUUCGGUUGGUACGGUUUCAACCCUGGUUCAUUCAACAAAAUUUUAGUCGCUUAUGACUCGGGGAGCCAGUAUGGUCAAUGGAGCGCGGUUGGGAGAACCGCGGUUACCACAACUCUAGCGGGGUCAACGGCUGCGUUGACCACGCUCUUCGGGAAACGCCUGAUAUCUGGUCAUUGGAACGUCACCGAUGUCUGCAACGGUUUGCUGGGAGGGUUCGCCGCCAUCACAGCCGGUUGUUCUGUGGUGGAGCCGUGGGCGGCUAUCGUGUGUGGUUUUGUGGCGUCCCUUGUUCUGAUCGGGUGUAACAAACUGGCGGAAAGGGUUAGGUUUGACGAUCCUUUGGAGGCGGCGCAGUUGCACGGAGGAUGUGGCGCGUGGGGGGUGCUUUUCACGGCGCUGUUCGCGAAGAAGGAGUAUGUGUUGGAGGUUUACGGGGGAGGGAGGAAGCACGGGUUGUUUAUGGGUGGUGGAUGGAAUUUGUUGGGGGCGCACGUAAUUCAGAUUUUGGUGAUUGUUGGAUGGGUUAGUGCGACGAUGGGGCCACUCUUCUGGGGGCUUAAAAAAUUGAAGCUUUUGAGGAUUUCGUCGGAGGAUGAACUGGCGGGUAUGGAUCUGACCCGGCAUGGAGGGUUUGCCUAUGCCUACGAAGAUGAUGAGACUCAGAAGCAUGGGAUUCAGUUGAGGAAGGUUGAACCCAACUCCUCUACCCCAACCACUGAUGGGGGAUUAUGAUGAUGAAGAUUAUGGUAGGUUCUGUUUUGGAUUUGGUUCUUUUUUUACUGUUGUUGUAGAUUUUUUGUGUAGAAUGGAAAAUAUUGUUAAUGUUGGUACAUUGAACUCGAAGCGAAAUCAUUCAGAGAAAGAUCCGAACGUGUCUGUCUUGGACCUGACAAAUGGCUGUAUAAACAUUUUAUUUACGGUUUUUUAUUAUAAAAAUAUUUUUUUUAUUAUCUUCACCA